AUGAAGUUCGCUACGCCCCUUUCUGCUCUCAUUUGUGUGCUCCCCUUGCUGGCUGGGGUAGUUGUGGCAAAGCCCGUGGCCAGGCCCCAGGACAUCACGCAGGGUGUAACGAUUAAUGGUUCCGCCGGAACAGUAUCUGUCACUGAAGGCGUCACAACCGGAGACUCCAGCUCUGGAUCAAGUGCGGCUGCAGCUUCCUCCACUGCAAACUCAACUGAUUUACAGUCUUCCUUGACACUCGAUCCGUCGUUGGUUGCUACUGGAUUCGAGCAGAAUGGACAGAAUGCCCCCAGUGCGGAGGCUGGCCAGGUUCCGUCACUGACGUCGAGCAACAACUUCAUCAACUUCUGCGCCACAGUCUCGAACCUACCUCUCACCAACGGCCUGCAGAUCAAAAGCGGAUCAUGCAAUCCAGCGCCGAUGGGAGUCAUCGCCGCAACCACGAACAUGCCCGCUAGCAAGUUCAUCUUCCCCGCCAAUGGCGCAACGAUCCCCGCGAACAAGAACUUCACGAUCCAGAUGGCCAUCGAGAACCUCGAGACCGGCAACUUUGUCAACCCAGAUACGAACUUCUUCGCGGCGCCACAGCAGGUCAAUUCGGCGGGCGACAUUGUCGGCCACUCGCAUGUCGUCAUCCAGGCGCUCCAAUCGCUCAAUCAGACGACCGUGCUCAACCCCAGCGUGUUCGCGUUCUUCAAGGGCCUGAACGACCCGGCCGUGAAUGGGGUUCUCUCACAGGUGGUCUCCGGAGGUCUUCCUGCGGGAGCUUACCGUCUCGCGUCCAUCAACACUGCGGCGAACCACCAGCCCGCGCUUGUGGCCGUCGCACAGCACGGUGCACUUGACGACAUUCACCGUUGCCGACAGUGCAUGACCAAUGAGCCUGCGAUGCGAGUCAAGUUUGCGUCUAUAUGA